AUGGCCCGGACCAAGCAAACAGCGCGAAAGUCGACUGGUGGGAAAGCUCCCCGCAAACAGCUGGCCACCAAAGCGGCGCGGAAGAGCGCUCCAGCCACGGGCGGAGUGAAGAAGCCUCAUCGCUACCGGCCUGGUACCGUGGCUCUGAGGGAGAUCCGGCGCUACCAGAAAUCCACCGAGUUGCUCAUCCGUAAGCUUCCGUUUCAGCGCCUAGUGCGAGAAAUCGCUCAGGACUUUAAGACCGACCUGCGCUUCCAGAGCUCAGCCGUCAUGGCUCUGCAAGAGGCCAGUGAAGCUUACCUUGUGGGGCUUUUUGAGGACACUAACCUGUGCGCCAUCCACGCGAAGCGAGUCACCAUCAUGCCCAAAGACAUCCAGUUGGCCCGGCGCAUCCGCGGGGAGCUUCAGAGUUUGUGUAGAGUUGCCGACAUGACCGAGACCGCGGCUGCUGAAGUCGCUCCUCCACCGGCGCCUGCCGCUGCAACCAAGGCUCCCAAGAAGAAGAAGGCGGCCGCCCGGACCAAGCCAGCCGGUCCCAAACUGGGCGAACAGAUCGACAAGAUUGUGGCGGAUUGCCGCAGUCACCGAGGGGUGUCGAUAGUCGCGAUAAAGAAAGAGUUGGCUGCCAACGGCGUCGAUGUGGAAAAGCUCAAAAGUCAGAUCAAGAUGGUCAUUAAAAGGAAAUUGGAAAGCGGCUCCCUGAUUCACACCAAGGGCGCAGGUGCCUCCGGCUCCUUGAAGGCCGCUAAAAAGGACAGUGGCGCGAAAAUCGUGAAAAAAACGAAGAAACCAGCGGCGAAGACAUCUCAGAUCAAGAAGCCAGCGAUGAAGAAAACUGCGGCCAAGAAAGCAGCUAAGAAAUCUCCCGCCAAGAAACAAAGUGUUAAGAAACCGACGGCUAAAAAAGCGGCAGCUAAGAAACCAGCGGCCAAGAAGGCUGCGCAGAAGACCAAGAGCCCCAAGAAGAUUUCAGCUCCGAAAGCGAAGGCGCCCAAAAAGUCGGCAAAACCCAAACCGAAGGCAAAAUCCGUGAAAGCCAAGAAGACGGCUGUCAAAAAGAGAAUGGCCCGAACCAAGCAAACAGCGCGGAAGUCGACAGGUGGAAAAGCUCCCCGCAAACAGCUGGCCACCAAAGCGGCGCGGAAGAGCGCUCCAGCCACGGGCGGAGUGAAGAAGCCUCAUCGCUAUCGGCCUGGCACCGUGGCUUUGAGGGAGAUCCGGCGCUACCAGAAAUCCACCGAGUUGCUCAUCCGCAAACUGCCCUUCCAGCGCCUGGUGCGAGAAAUCGCUCAGGACUUCAAGACUGACCUGCGCUUCCAGAGCUCGGCCGUCAUGGCUCUGCAAGAAGCCAGUGAAGCUUACCUCGUGGGGCUCUUUGAGGACACCAACCUGUGCGCCAUCCACGCCAAGCGAGUCACCAUCAUGCCCAAAGACAUCCAGUUGGCACGCCGCAUCCGUGGAGAGCGCGCCUGA